UAACAGAGUAAUACAAUGCGUGCAUGUGCUUCAGUAUCGAGAUCAGUCUACCAGAAGAGAGGAAGGUUGACACGAGGAAGCGCAGAGAACAGCUACAAGAGAGUGAAAAACAAUCAAGUGCCAGCAUAAUCAGAAAUAAUUCGAGAGAGAGAGCAGCUUUUCUGCUGGUCCCACGGCCGCCGUCGUCGACUUAUUAAAUGCAUCUCUGUUCUCCUCGCCCCCAGCAGCACGGACUCUCAGCUCUUUUGCCCUUUGGCCUUGACGGCGUAUCGGAGCUCAGCGAAAGCAGGAGCAGCUGGACCGACAGCUGAGCUUUGAGCUCGGAGAGAGCAACUCUCGGGCCCCGAGGGAUGGAGCUCGACAGCAAUUUGCCGUCGGGCCAGUCGACUGUCAAGGUCAAGCCAGUCAGUCUGCAGGACACCGAGCUCGUGGCCAAGGACAUCAAGUCCAGGCUGAGCCUCGCGGUGGCCUGCAGCAACAGCGACGAGGCGAAACAGCGGACCAACGGUACCUGUCACCAACAGACAAACGGUAGCUGCGAGUCACCGUCUGAUUCAGACACACCAGCUCAUCAAUCCCCUGGACUCACUGGUCCAGAGUCCAAUUGCCUUGAAACUAGUCAUAACAGUCAGCCACUAGGUAAACUGCAGGAGGACACGUCGCACGCCAGCAUAAGCUUUGAAAUAGAAUACGUUAGCUACACUAGUGAACUUCAGAUGCCAGACAUUAUGAAAGUCAUACAGAAGGACUUGAGUGAACCAUAUUCUAUAUAUACCUACAGAUAUUUCAUUCACAAUUGGCCAAAACUGUGCUUUCUG